AUGGGCCGCCUCUUUGGUUUCACGUCGCUGGAGGAGCUUAUCGGCACCUUGCUACCAUCAGAAGAGGGUGUCAGAUUUGGACGUACGCAGCCAGCGCGCGAAUGGAAGGAGGCUGUCCUGUCGGUUGCUUUGCGAGACUGGCUCACGCGGCUUCAGCAACUGUCUAUCGACGACUUCAAGGCACGCAUCGAAGACUUGAAGACAAGGGUGGGACGGGACAAGGAGAAGAUCCGGAUUCCGGCGUUCGACAUGAGCUUCGCGUUAUUUGCGCAGCAGCUGUUUGGCAUGCAGACUCCACCGGCCAACGCGGAUCCUGAACAACUUGGCAUCACGUAUGGCAGAAUUCUCGUUGAUGUUUGCGCAGGCGUGGACUGGGUUGGUACGACGCGCAGCGAGCUACUCGAGGCUCGGCCGUACCUGGAAUCGUCCGAGCGCGACCGCAUCUUUUUGCGCUGCAAGCACGCUCACGAGCACCUCGAAGGGUACAAGAAGGGCGGGAGUUGUCCGGAUGUACUUGUCGAGCAUCUGCCCAGUGCCUUGACACUGCUUGGUCGGGUACAGUCCGCCUCCCCAUCCUCCGGCUUUUCACUUCUCUGA